AGAGAAGCGAUCCAAGCGCGCAUGUUUUGUUGUCAUUUCCAAGAUAAAAGGCCGAUAAGUCGGUCAAUCGGACGCGAAGUAUAAUGGAGAGAGGAGAGAUGAAGAGCCGGUCGAAGAUGAUCCAUAUGCUGAUGCUGGUGGGGCUUCUACUCUUCAGCUUCGUUCACAAUCUCACGGCAUUGUCGGUCACCGUAAACGACGAGGAAUGCGUGUACGAGUACGUUCUCUAUGAAGGCGACACCGUAUCCGGGAACUUCGUCGUGGUCGAUCACGACAUCUUCUGGAGUUCCGAUCACCCCGGCAUCGACUUUACUGUGACGUCUCCAGCCAGUAAUACGGUGCACACUUCGAAGGGAACAUCCGGGGACAAGUUUGAGUUUAAGGCACCACGAAGUGGAAUGUAUAAAUUCUGUUUUCAUAAUCCUUACUCGACACCUGAGACUGUCUCGUUCUACAUACAUGUUGGCCAUAUUCCAAAUGAGCAUGACCUCGCCAAAGAUGAACAUUUGGACCCUAUUAAUGUUAAAAUUGCUGAGCUGAGGGAGGCACUGGAAUCUGUCACAGCGGAGCAGAAGUACUUGAAAGCACGUGAUGCUCGUCAUCGUCACACUAAUGAAAGCACAAGGAAGCGCGUCAUAUUUUACACAAUUGCAGAGUACAUUUUGCUGGCCCUUGCAAGUGGAUUGCAAGUCGUGUAUAUACGCCGCCUGUUCGAUAGUUCGGUUGCAUACAACCGGGUUUGAGGUACCAUGUUGAAGCUGCAAGGCUAGUUUAUGGUCUCUGUAGUAACCAACUCGGCAUUGUUUGGAGCAUAUAAUAGAUGAGGUUGGAGAAACAUGUAUUGUGUGUAAACAAAGUAAUAUGCUAGUUAGUAACAUUUAUACCUUGUUUUGAUUUACACCACCACCUCUGAAGUAUGAUAUGCUUAGUUUACCUCUAAUGGAUUUAAAAGAUGAAUUUCUGAGUGCAGAAAAAUUAGUGUAAUUGAAGUAAAAUUGUUGUUAUCAAUAUUGAAAUAAUAAAUGUAGUUUUUAUUUUAUUUAAAA